CUCAAUCACGAAUUCAUUCGACAUCUUCACCUCUAUCCCCUUUUUCGUUUUUGCUUUUAUCUGCUGUUUGGGGGCCAGCUGCUUUGAUAGUCUUCACUUUGACCACUAUCAUUGUAGUUUGUAUCUUUUCUCUUUCGCCCCCGAGUCCUGUGUGAAUUGUCUAGUGCCAUGCUCACGCGAGCGGCGCUGCGGCGAAGACACACUCUUCGUCAAGUCCAACAGGCAGCAGAAAACAUCCAAUUACCAUGGCUGUGCCCUACUCUCAUUCGGCCGCAUCGACCUCAACGGCAACAAAGGUCGAUUUCCUCGCGCCCAUCCGUAUCCCGCUCCAAAACUUCGCCUGCGCCCAUAACCCAGUCGAGACAUCUUGCCUCGCCGGCAGCAGCUCCCGAGAGCUUCGAUCGAAACGACGACUACAUUCCCUUCGUACAUAGCAAUGGAGAAUAUCCCGUCCCCCAUCGUUCAUCACGGCCUGCCACUGGCGACCUCACCCCGUUCGACCUGUCUCAGAUCCUCAUGCUGGAGAAUGGCGCCGAAGCCUCGCAAGAUCACGAUGGCACGGAUUAUGUUCCAGGAGUCAAUAUACGGAGGAAUAUAACGGAAGUUGAGGCGACUUUAGACGCUUGUCUGCAAGUACGUCGGUGGGAUCGUGCCUUUACCAUGCUGUCCCAGCUAUCGGCCUCGCAUCAAACCAACCCUACACGAGUCCAAAAUUCCUACAACAAGGUCUUCUCCGCCAUGAUCGACGACUUCCUUCGCAAUCACAAUAUGGCUCAUGAAAAACGUAUCAACGAAUGGAUUGAAGUUCAUAUGAGAAGAGCUGGUCUGGAGCCGGACGCAUGCACACUGGCCUUGAGGAUAAAAGUGGCCUUGGAGUCUUUGGGCGGAGGGAAGCGCACUCGCACGAUUCGCCGAUAUUGGGACAUGACAACAGAAAGUGGUCUGGAAAGCAAGGUACUAAGUCUUCGAGAAGUCCUCGACGAAAGAGAUCUUGGAAGACUCUCUCAGAUCUGCCCUCUGGAGGUGAAAUCUUUCCAAUCUAGGGACAUCUCAUCCCCGUCUCGCGACGUCUCCGCUGCUGGAAUCUCUAGACAUCACGUACAUGUGCGGGAGACAGAACAAAAAGGGAUGGGUCUGACUUCGUUAAGGACGUCCCUGGCCGUUUUUUCGGCAGAGACCAACCCCAGUCAGGAAGCUGAUCUAGAGGAGGAUCCCAGCAUCACUCGACAACGCCGACUCGAGCGAGACGCCAUCAAGUCCGCAGUGCAGCGAUGGAGAAUUGAACACGAAAAGAGAGCUCGAGGGGGCAUCACUGGCGAUUUGGCCCAUGGAAAAAUUGGAGCACUGCUUUGGCAAUGGCAUGAAAUAUUGGCCAGAAAAAUCACAAAGGAGAUCAAGACGGCGAAAGAGGAGGAUGGAGCUUCUGGGACAAAAUCCUCGCAGCAGAAACUGCGUGCCGAAUACUCUCCGUUUCUCGAGCUACUUCCUCCAGAGAAAGUCGCCGCUGUCACGUCAAUCGCUCUCAUGCAGAUGAUGAGCAAAAUGGGAGCAUCCAAGCCUGUGAAACUUGUGCGACUGGUCACCGAACUAGGGCAGGCGAUUGAAGUAGAAUAUGACGCUACCCAACUUGCUCGAAGAAAGGACGAGAUGUACAAGAUGAGGAAGAAGGUGCCAUAUGUCGACGAUCCAGGGGCCACGUGGAUGGCGACAACGGAUCAUCAGAUGCACAGGCGAACGCCACACCAUGCCGCCUUACCCCUGAAAUACACCAAAAACUGGUCCAAGACGAUACAUGUGAAGCUCGGGUCUAUUCUCUGUGAACUCAUGUUCGAUUCAGCAAGGAUUCUCAUUACUAAAGAGGACAAAGCUACUGGAAAGAAGAUGACCAUUGCUCAACCAGUCUUCAUCCAUGCUACUAGCUAUCAAAAGGGGCGCAGGGUCGGUGUGGUUUCCUUACAUGAAGAUUUUGUCAAAAUCCUCGUGUCGCAGCCAGCCCAGCAUCUCAUUGCCAAGCAGUUACCGAUGCUUUGCCCUCCCAAACCAUGGAACAACUUUGACGAAGGCGGGUAUCUGGAGUCGAAGCAACCAUUCUUGCGAGUCAAACAUCAUGAAAAUGCUCAGGCACAAUACGGGCUAGCUGCAGCGGAGAGAGGGGACCUUGAUCAGCUGUUUGCUGGCGUGGAUAUCCUUGGCAAGACUGGUUGGCGUAUCAACAAGCAAGUCUUCAAUGUCAUGGUCGAGGCGUGGAACAGCGGGCAAGAAGUCGCCAACUUGCCGCCAUUGGACAAAGUGUUUCCUGAAGUUGAGCGCCCGGGUGAGGAUGCCACUUCCAAAGAACGAUACGACUGGUUUGUAAAGAUGCGUCAAAUCGACAACGAGAAGAGCGGCAUCCAUUCCAACCGCUGUUUUCAGAAUUUCCAGAUGGAGAUCGCCAAGUCUUAUCUGGACGAGACAUUCUAUCUGCCUCACAAUGUGGACUUCCGCGGUCGAGCAUACCCUAUUCCUCCGUACCUGAAUCAAAUGGGUGCUGAUAACGCACGUGGAUUGUUGCUCUUUGACAGGGGACGCGAGCUUGGCCCUGAUGGUUUGCGUUGGCUCAAGAUCCAUCUGUCAAAUGUCUAUGGCUACGACAAGGCAAGCCUGGCCGAUCGUGCGCAGUUUCCUAUGAAUCAUAUUGAUGAUAUUUAUGAUUCGGUCAAGGACCCAUUGAACGGACGACGUUGGUGGCUUACCGCCGAGGACCCGUGGCAGUGUCUUGCUGCUUGUUACGAACUUACCAAUGCGCUCGACUCUGUAGACUCCACGAAGUUCGUGUCUCGACUGCCAAUUCACCAGGAUGGUUCAUGCAACGGUCUCCAGCAUUACGCUGCUCUCGGUGGAGAUGUUGCAGGUGCUCGACAAGUCAAUCUGGUGCCGGGCGACAAGCCGGCAGACGUCUACACUGGUGUCUGCGAAUUGGUCAAAGCCGAGAUCAAAGAAGAUGCGGCCAACGGUGAUCAUUUGGCGAAAUUGCUCGAUGGCAAAGUGACGAGAAAGGUUGUCAAACAGACCGUCAUGACAAAUGUCUACGGCGUCACAUUCCUUGGUGCCAUUCGUCAAGUUCGCAGGCAAGUGGAUGAUCUGCUCCCGGACAUCAAGGCGGCUCAGCUCUCCGGCAAAGCAUCGAGCUACAUUGCAAGAAAGAUCUUCAAAGGCUUGGGUGCCUUGUUCACUGGUGCGCAUGAGAUUCAAUACUGGCUUGGCGAUUGCGCCAACCGUAUUAGCUCAUCUAUCUCGCCAGCGCAACAAGACAAAAUGUACCAAAAGGAGUAUGAGACGGAUGCUGCGGAACAAGAACCACGACGACGCAAGAAGAGCAAAUCCAAGUCUUUGCUCGAGUCUAGCAAUUUCCAGUCUACAGUCAUCUGGACGACACCACUAAAGUUACCGGUCGUUCAGCCAUAUCGACUCAAUAAAGGCUUGAAGAUACAGACCAACCUGCAGAACAUCACCUUGGCCCAACCCAGCGUGGCAGAUUCGGUGAAUAAGCGGAAGCAACUGCAAGCAUUCCCCCCGAAUUUCAUUCACUCCCUGGAUGCCUCUCACAUGAUUCUUUCGGCGUUGAAGGCCAAUGAACUUGGACUGAGCUUCUCGGCUGUACAUGACAGCUUCUGGACGCAUGCCACUGACGUCAAUACCCUCAAUGUGCUUCUACGAGACUCAUUUAUCCGUAUGCAUAGCGAAGACAUAAUUGGUCGUCUUGCAGCUGAGUUCAAGAAGAGAUAUGAAGGUCAUUACUACUUGGCUCAAAUCAACAAGGGCAAUGUCCUUGGAAAGGCCAUCGCCGCCUACCGAGACCAAAUGGUGCAGCAAGGUGUAUUCAAACCGUCCAGAGGCGCUGAAGGUGUCUCCGAGCGACGGCAGCAGGAGCUGUUACGCGAGAUUCGCAGAAAGAAACUGCUCGAAAGUGAGGAUUCAAAAGAGCGAGAAGAAGGAGAGAAGAUGGUGACGGCGGCCACUUUAUUUGAACAGCAUGAUGGAGAAAAGUACCUAUUCCACCGGGAUUCGUUGGGCGAAACAGCCAUUGGCGUCAUCCCGGAGCAUGCGAAGGAAGCCACUGUGGAAGACGCCAUUCACGCAUCAGAGGUGGCCGGUGACGUUGAUAUCGCCAGUACCUUGGAUCCUCUGCGAGAUGCCGUGACCAAUGACGACGACAUGAUUGACUCUGACGAUUUGGGGGUUGCAAAGACGACUCCAACCGCUCCUGCCGACAACGUGGUAUUGAACGCCUUUGGACAAAAGGUCCGCAAACAGAAGGCCAAGAAGAGUGCAAACAACCAAAUGUGGUUGUGGUUGCCGAUCAAGUUCCGACCUGUGCCUAAGAAGGGCGAGUUCGAUGUGAAUCGUCUGAAGGACAGCACAUACUUUUUUUCAUGAUAUGUAUGACUUUGGGAAAAGAGAGGAAUUCGACAGCUCGAUGUUGAAAAAGAGCUGGUUUGCGAAUGGACUGUACUACCAUGUAUAUCAACGGCCUACUAUUAUGUACUUAUCUACGGGGAUGGGAAGAUACUGAUCCCACGAGAGUGAUGCUCUUCGUUUUCUCACUGAUGUACUGUAUAUUACUAUAUAAUCAGGAGGAGCAAAAAGAUACUUGAACAUUCA